AUGGCAAGUGAGGUAGAGAGUUUUCUUGCCUUAGUGCAUUGCUCUGGGAAAAUUAAAAAAUGCAAAACUUAUGGGGUGAAGUUCACUGACAGAGAACCACUGAGUGUUUUCAUCAGUUCGUCAAGCACUUUGUCAGAUUUGAAGAACAGCAUCUUGCAGAAGUUUGGCGUGUUUGGUGUUAAGUAUGAUACCUUUGUGCUAGCGGCUGAUGAAGAUAUUAGGGUUUUGUUCCAUUGUGUAAGGAGUUUUCCGGAGAUCAGAAUCCACAAAUUGUUCGCGAAGUUGGAGGUCGGUGUCGAUAGUUCUGGGGCAUCCGCUCAAGUUCCUAGCUUGACUGGCGCGAGAGUUGCGUCUAGUUCGAUACCUGCGGUCAGACAGUAUCUUCUGCUGGUAGCAUCCCCUGCAUUCGCGGUUGAUUUAGACCGAACAGAGGUUGUUGGUUCUGUACCUUUGGAGAAUGCAAGAGUCUUUGAGCAGGCUUACGUUGUGGGCACCGGUGGUGGCAUGUUACCUUAUACGGAAGGGGAUGGUGAACCUGAUCGAGUAGAGAAUGCAAUGUGUGAUGAUGACUCUGACCAGGAGCCUGUUGAUAUCAUAGGGGACAGCGACGAUGACACAGGUGCCAAUCCACAUGCGCAGCAUCGGCCUUCAAGUUCUGCUUCUCAACAGUACCCUCCACACUUCUCCACACUAAACUUGGAGGCUCUGGGUCAACAGGAGGAUGGUGGUAACACAGUCGGGGGCUCUUCUAUAGAAUUUCAGAUUGGGCAAUCAUUCCAGAAUAAAGAUGAGGCUGUGCUGAGUGUGAAGGACUAUAGCAUCCGACGAGGUGUUGAGUACAGAGUUAUCGAAUCAAAUCAUCUGAAGUAUCAUGGAAAAUGCAAGGAAUUCGGCAAGGGUUGUACUUGGUUGAUUCGCGUAGCGCUGCGUGCACAAAAGGGAACUUGGGAGGGAAGAUGCUGCGGUUACGGUAAAGGUAUUGCAACAAGCUACAGAAGGCGAUUACGGUUUCAGGCCUAG